GGGAGGGGUGGAGACAGGGUGGUCAGUGACAAAAGUGACUGCAGCCAGCCAGCCUUCUGCCCUUUUCUGAGCCUGACAGACUGCCACCUCCACUGUGUGCACGCUUGGCCACAGGACAGAGACAAAGGGAAGUCAUCAUGCAGCUCUUCCUCCUCUUGGGCCUGCUGCUCCUCAGCCCUGAGGCUGCCACCCUCCGCCGCCACCAUCACUCUCGUGAGAUGAGGAAGAAGGUCAGGGAGCUCCCCACAGGUCCCACGGCGGCCCCCAGUGGCAGGGAUUUCACCUUUGACCUCUAUAGGGCUUUGGCCUCUGCUUCCCCUGGGCAGAACAUCUUCUUCUCCCCUCUGAGCAUCUGCACCAGCCUGGCCAUGCUCUCCCUAGGAGCACGGUCCAGCACAAAGAUGCAGAUCCUGGAGGCCCUGGGCCUCAAGCCCCAGGAGAGCCUGGAGGAGGAGAUGCACAGAGCCUUCCAGCAGAUGCUACAGGAGCUCAACCAGCCCAGAGACACCUCCCAGCUGAGUAUUGGCAACGCCCUAUUCACUCACCCCUUGGUGGACAUUCAGGAUGCCUUCCUGAGUGCCACAAAGACACUGUACCUGGCAGACGUUUUCUCCACUAACUUUGAGGACCCAGCAGGGGCCCAGAAGCAGAUCAACGAUUAUGUGGUAAAGCAAACUAAGGGCAAGAUUGUGGAUUUGAUCCAGAACCUCGACAGUACCGCAAUCAUGGUUAUGGUGAAUUAUAUUUUCUUUAAAGCUAAGUGGGAGAUAAGCUUCAGCCACAAAAGCACCCAAGAGCAGGACUUCCACGUGACCCCAGAGACAGUGGUGCGCGUGCCCAUGAUGAACAACGAGGACCAGUAUUACUAUCUCCUGGACCAAAACCUCUCCUGCAGGGUGGUGGGAGUCCCCUACCAAGGCAAUGCUACUGCUUUGUUCAUUCUCCCCAGUGAGGGAAAGAUGGAACAGGUGGAGAAUGGACUAAGCGAGAAAACGCUGAAGAAGUGGUUUAAAAUGUUCAUGAAGAGGGAGCUCGAUCUUUACCUUCCCAGGUUCUCCAUUGAGGGCUCCUAUCAGCUGGAGAAAGUUCUCCCCAGGUUGGGGAUCAGUGAGGUCUUCACCUCCCGUGCUGACCUGUCUGGUAUCAGCAAUUACUCCAACAUCCUGGUGUCCGAGAUGGUCCACAAAGCCAUGGUGGAGGUGGAUGAAUCGGGAACCAAAGCAGCUGCAGCCACGGGGAUGGUCUUUACGUUCAGGUCUGCCCGACUGAGCUCUCAAAGGGUAGUGUUCAACAGGCCUUUUCUGAUGUCCAUUGUGGAAAACAGGAAGAACAUGAUCUUCCUUGGCAAAGUCACCCACCCCUGAAGUGGGCCUUCUCCUGAAAUCCACAGGCAUCCACAGUGGGAGCUGGUAUGGCCCAUCUGUCCGCUGGUAGCUAGUAUCGAGCAAGGCAACAUGAAUAACAAUAAAAAGAUUGAUACACUGA